UCUCCGCCUCUCAUCCAUUCUCCGCAUCUUGUGUGCAGUUAUGUCUUUUUCUAUCUCUUCUCUUUCGCCAUGUCUGAGUUCUUUUACCUGCUGCUCGCCACCCUGCUGAUUUCGAGUGAAGAUGGGUUGAGAGGUGUGGACGGCGCUCUGGCGGUAACUAACCGAGAUGGUGACAACUUUGUUCAGGGAGACGCACAGCAAUCGCCCACGUCAAUCCGUUAUCAAUUUCUCAAGACCGACGUCACUGAAUCAGCGUCCGUUUUCCUGCUGAGGGUUCAUGUUAAGGACGCGGCCAGCCGACAGCGCCUGACGGGGGUUACCGUGGAGCUCUUUGUCAACUACAAGCAGGCCGGCUCCCCCAUGCUGACUGGGGAAGAUGGCUCCGCUCUGUUGAGGGUUCCCUACCAGCCACAGCAGAGCAUCACACUGGUGGCCAGCAGGACUGGCUACAUGCUCACACCACUGCCAUGGAAGGCCUCAAAAAUGCCAACAUUCUUAUCCAUGACCAUGUCGCUGGUCUCCCAAACUCGAGGGAACAUCUGGAUGUUUGAAGAUUCUGUAUUGAUAACAGGAAAGGUCUCAGAGUCACUGCCAAAUGUGAUGUUCCCAAGGAGCCUGCUCUCGGUGCCAGAAUGCAACGUUUCCACUAUUACUGCCUACCUGACAGUGCCUCUACCCAGUGCUGAGAAAAGCAUCUUUUAUAACACCAUGGGAGUCCUCAACAGCAAGUCAGGGCACAGAAGCAUUGAGUUGAAGCCGGUGGCGGCUGUUGGCGUUGAGCUGAGCUGUAACAGAGAGCCCCUCCAGGUGAAGGGGCCCAUACACAUCACACUUCCUGUGCCAGAGAACACCGGCCUCACAGUGUCCCAACCACUUCCUGCCUGGAGCUUUGACAAAGCAACCGGGGCCUGGCUGAACCAGGGUCUGGGCAUUGUGAAGAAGCAAGAUGACGUAUUGGUCUGGUCUUUUGUAGCUCCUCAGCUGGGCUUAUGGAUUGCUGCACCAUACGCUGCUUCUACUGGUAAAGCCACUCAUCUGGAGUUCUACCAGCAUGCGUAUCUGCUCCUGGCCAUUCUGAGUGGCACCAUCAUCAUUCUAUCUGGAAUGGUAAUCGUGCUCAUGUGUCGAUGCAGAUCUUCUUCCAGAAUGCCAGCAGCAAAGCGAUCAAAAAGCAUCCAGAUGGAAACUUUCAAAAGAGAUCAGAACACGUCCACAAACAGCAUGUACCAACAGGGCGCAACUCAAAAAGCCAAAGUCUCGAGAAGCAAGUCAAAAACACACUCCAAAGGCAGAAAGCACAAUCACUAUGUGGACAGCCACUAUUUGCCGCCAAGUGUCCAGCUCUACAGAAAUGCAAUGCAGCAGACUUCCAACACCUCUUGUCCACCGAAUUACAACAGCGCCCCACAGACCGCAUGGCCUGAGGAAGGAGCGGAUCAAAACACAGUGCCUGGGGCGCUGAAUGAAAAGAGCCUGUUUUCUGAGAGAAUAGUUCAUGUGUACAACCAACCUCUGGGCGUACUCCAGGCAGCGGAUCUGUCCGUUUCGGCCAACUAUCCAUCAGGCUCAACGUGCGCCACGAGUCUCCCUAGGCAGGCAGCGGGUGAUGGAGCUCAGAGCAAAACGCUCGGCAGAGACAGCUACACUCAGACCCUACCCGAGACUGUCUCACCGCCAUCUGCGUCUCAGGGGGAGAGAGGUCAAGGUCAAGGUCAAGGUCAAGGUUCCUCAGGAUCGCAGGGUCCCAGCUCGGGUGCAAGAACCUGGGGACGAUUCAACACGCUGUUGGAGUCUGUGUCGGUGCCAGGAACCCUCAGUGAGGCAGCGGCCGCCGGCAUGAGUCCCCUGGGCGGUGGUAGCGAACAGCAGCAGGGCGCCUCGGAGCAGGACCUGAGGGGGGUCUCCAAAAAGCAGCCUCUGCCCCACGCCAGGGCCUGGUUCGUAUCCUUGGAGGGCAGACCAGUUACCCAGGUGCGCCAUUCCAUUAUGAACCUCCAAAGGUGCCUGCAGAGGGCGUCGGAGAGGAACACCAGCAGCCUGGACUCUGGGGUGGAUAUGAACGAGCACAUGGCUGCCAGCGCUGGAGGUGGAGGAGGAGGUGGUGGUGCAGGUGGUGGUGGAGGUGUAGGUGGUGGUGUUGUUGAUGGUGGUAGAGUGGGCCGGAGGCUGGAGCGCGAGAGGACGUUCAUCCGGAGCUCGGCCCACAGCAGCCGCACCCAGCGGCUCUGCAGCGACGACAUGGACCCGCCCAGCAGCAGCGAGAGCGCCACCACGGCCACCUGCACCCCCGAGGACGCUUCGCUCCGCAGCAUCCUGGACAGCAGCAGCAGUGGCGGAGUGGUCGGAGGAGGAGGGGCCGUCAUGCCGCGUGAUAUCCCUGAGGAGAGGGAUGACGGCGAGGACGGGGGAGACGACACCUCGAGCGCUCAGGAGGACAGCGAAGCCAGGUCCACGCCGUCGCCACGCCGCGUGAGGAGAGACAGGGACAGGGACAGGGACAGGGACAAGAGCCGGGCCGAGAGACCUAGAAGCACCUGGCAUAUGAGGGAGGAGAGGCCUCUGAUGAAGCUGAAUUGAUAUACUAAUAGACUACUACUAAUUAGCUUGAGUUCACCAUGGGUUAGCCGCACUGGCUCAACUGGUUGAAGGUAAAAGCUUGCACAUCCAAACGUCUGACUUGGGAGCAGGACCAAUAAAUAGCUAGAUAAAAAGAGAGAAAAGUACACUACAACCAGGAUUUGUCACAGAAAAAGUGGGAGCAAAAAAUCCUGGUUGUAGCGAACUUUUCUCUCUUUUUAUUUAGCCACACUGGCUAACACAAGAUGAAGCACAAAAAAGUCCAAAUCCAACGUGAUCCACUGGAGAUAAUCCAAAAGACACAGAAGUCUUUUUAGAUGUGUCCUAGCAUAUCUAUAAGAGGGUAUGUCUGUCCGUCAGUUGGUCAGUCUGUCUGUCUGUCCCUCCGUCUGAAACGCAUUCUCUAAUUGUAUUUCCCUCCUGUGUCCACAAGGCGGCAGAGUGCAUAGACAGACGCAUCUUUGUUUUUACAGGUUUGAAUCUGUGUAGUGAGUCGUUGGGAAAGACUUAGCAAGGUUAUGACAUGGCUCUGCUGACCUACUAUGUACUGUACAGUAUAUGUCCAGUUAAGCAGUUGGAAUGCCAAACGGUUGUUCCACGCAGAACCUUCAGCUUUGUCAAUGGUGUGAUGCAAGACUAUUCAUUUCAUGUUGUAGUCUAGAGUGCAUUUCUCCAAACCAUACUUGCUAACUACACUAGGUACUUUGGUUGCAAUUAAAUUCUCCCAUUGGCAACUACCCAAGUUGCUAACUGGCUAGCACCUUCGCUUUCAAGAAACCUUGCCAGGCUACUAUACUGGCUGAAAGAUAAGAUGAGGGAAAGCAAGGCCAAAUGUCUACACCCAGUCACAUGACCAACACUGAACACCAAACAAUCAUGAAAUUUUUUAUGAAUUUCUGAAUUGUUACAUAUAUUUUUUUCCAAGCAAGUGGUUGGCACUCACUUGGUUCUCAAAGGAGUAAAUAGAUGGUGCAAUACGUAUACCAGUCACAGUCACAGAGAAACAAAGCUUUGUCAAACGUGUGACAAAACCCACAUGCGUGAUAUUACCAUAACCAAACUAUGACCAAACAAGUUUUUUUUUUUCAACAUUUAAAAAUAUAGAAAUGGUAGCAGUGAUUCAAUGUGUAUACAAAUGUAUGGAAAAACAUGUUUAUUUUCUGUUUGUCUCGAGAUCUCAUGGCUACAGUAUUCCAUAUCUCAGGAGUAUGUUCAGUUUUGCAUAAAUUGUUGUAGUUUUUAACGGGUUGCUGAAAUGUAUUCGAAUCGAAUAACAUUAUAAUCAGGAAAAAUAUCAAGAUGGCAAGCCAUUUGAAAUGUUUACAAAUGUUUAAUUUGAACUUUUCCAAGCCUCACUGAUACAACUGUGUUAGUUUACUGAACUAGAAGGUAGCCCAGUUGCAUAAACUCUUGCAUUGGCAACUGCUUAUUCAAUUAAGUCCAUUUCAUAUGCAAAAAAAACAGGGUAACAGCACAUUUUGUAGGCCUAAGUAUGAGCGCUUUCUGACUAGCAAUGACUUUUAAAAUGUGAAUUAUAUACAUUUUUAUGAUCGUUUUGUAUGUGGUCCUGGCUCUCUAAUCAGUCACGGCAAAAGACAGCAACUCUGACGAUUUGGUGUCAAUAUCAAUUUCAAUUUUAUAAAUCUUUGACACUUUGAAAAAGGCAUGCUAUGCAUCUCAUUAGUUUUGCUUGGAUAAGUAACAAAAAUAAUAUUUAUCAUCCCAUCCUCCAAUGGCAAUAAUUAUGUCCACUGAUUAUUACAGAUGUAGUAUACUGUCAGCGCUAAGAUUAAAAUGUCCUGAUCUGUUGAUAAUGCAUCCCAUAAAAAAUAAAAUUUACAUUCAAUCUUUGCUGCAGUGCAUCUAUGACCGCUUAGAAGCAAACUAUGUUUACAACUUACAUGCUUUUUUGCCUUAUGUGCUUCUUUCCCCAUUGUGUAGGUCUAUUCUCAGAUUGCUUGUCCUGUGACUUGUGCUUGAGGACUGUGAGUUGUUAGCCUACUGAUAGCCACAUCUUCCUAUUUCUACCCGACUUUAUAACCCUCUUCUCAGCAUGGUAUUUUCUGGCAACUUAAACGUAUAACAUUUUUUGGGCUUUUGAACUUUGCUACUGUCCUGUAAAUAGUAGAUCUAAUAAAACUCUGGUUAUC